CAUCACCACUCGACCGCUGGACGUGUUUUGGAAAUGGACUUCACUGAGUGCUACGCAGACUCGGUGUCCACGGUUGCUGCUGCAGCCCGAUCAGGCCAUCGGAGGCGGGUCAGGGAGCUGAUACAGAGAGGCUGCAGUCUGGACUGCAGGGACAACCGCGGCUGGAAUGCUCUGCACCAGGCGGCGGCGGCUGGCAACAAAGGCUGCGUGCAGGAAAUCUUGUCUGCUGUCAGAGGCGAUAGCGGCACAAGUGCUCGUGCAUACGUGAACUGUCUCACUCAUGAGGGGAAGUCUGCAUGUUACCUGGCAGCGCAGAAUGGACACCUGCCGGUGGUCCGACUCCUCCUGAAGGCCCACGCCGACAUCAACCAGCUGACUGACGACUUGUCCUGUCCUUUAUAUGCAGCUGUGGACAACGGACACAAGGCAGUUGUUAAGCUUCUGGUCAGUAAAGGCGCAGAGGUCAACGGGACCCACACGGCGUCCUGCUGGACCUGCCUCCAUCAAGCCGUCUACAAGGGUCACCGGGGAAUCGUGAGUGUUCUCAUCAAUGUCUGCAACCUGGAGGCACAAGACGACCACAACAUAUCCCCGCUGUUUGUUGCUGCGCAGUACGGACGGGAGGAAUGCCUGGAGAUGCUGAUCAAUGCCGGGGCCAGUGUGAACGCGCAGGCGGUGGAUCUGGCGACCCCGCUGCUGAUCGCCUCUCAGGAGGGCCACCGGGCCUGUGUGGAUCUGCUGCUGGAGCACGGCGCCGACCCCAACAUGUCCUGCAGCCACGAGUGGCCUCAGCUUCCAAUUCACGCCGCGGCUGAGUUCGGCCACAUCAGUAUCCUCAGGAGGCUGAUAGACGUCACCGACCGACGGUGCGGUCACAGCGAUGCCAUGGUGAGUCCGCUGUACGUGGCCAUCCAGUGUCAUCAGAGCCAGAGUGUGGAGACGCUCCUGGAGGAGGGUUACAGCCCAGAUGCUCAGGAGUGCACUCGCUCCCUGGGCCUCCGCUCACCGCUCUCCUUGGCCUUGGACUCUACAUGCAACCAACCAUGCAGCGAUUUGGUGAAGUUGCUGCUCGCUGCAGGAGCAACUCUGUGUGAGGAGGAGUGGUGUAAUGCCUUCACCACCAUCAGGACGGAGCUGCUGGAGCUCAUACUUGAGCAGAGAUGGAUCUCUCGGCCAGAGGUCAUCACCAGGGAAUGUUCAACAACACAUCAUGUUGGCAAGAGGCUGCUCAAACUGCAGGAGCUGAGGGAGAUGCUCUGUGUGGCUCUGAGUGAGGUGACGUUUGCUUCCUGUUGGUUACCGGUGCUUUUGAGGAUGGGACUGGACCCAUCUCUGCUGCUCCAGCCCCACAUGCUGGAACAUACGGACGGCGAGACGCUGAACUACCUGCUGGAGUUUGUAAACUGGUCGACUCUGUCUCCUCCUCUGAAACUUGUCCUGGAUCAAAGACGGGCGGCAAAGACCUGGGAUCCUCCCUCCCACUUCGAGUCGAUGCCCCGCCUCUCCCACAUCUGCCGGCUGCAGGUCCGAGAAGUGCUGGGACCGGAUCUGCUGAUGAGGACCGACGUGGUCCAGGAGCUGCCUGUCCCUCCACUGCUUCACCGCUUCCUCACAUUCGGGGACAUCAAGGAGCCCUCACACGUUCCAGAUGCAUACCGGAUAAUAGAACAGUACAGUACGCACCAGCACAGACACGUUAUCUGAGCGCUUUUGUAAGUGUGGAAGUCUUUAUUUCACACCGGCUGUGUUUGCACGGACCAAGAUGUCAUCGAAGAUGAGACCAACUCACAGAGCUGCGGAGGCGACUAAAGCAAAACUAAGUACUAACUGAAGAGGAAACGAGGGAAUGACACUCUGAACUAAACUGUGAACUUGUGUCAACGGCAUUGAAAAUGUCAAAAGAAAUGAAGACAAAAGGAAAACAUUGUCAUGUAUUUUUUUUCUAUUUAAUUAAACAUGCAUCUGUAUGUAUUUCAAAUUAUUUUGGGAUUUUUGCAUAAAGUCUGUUUUCUACUGAAUGUUUUCAGUUUUUGUCUUUUUAAAAU